AUGCUAUCCCACACUAGAUCUGAUACAUCUCAUAUAACUGCUCUCAUUCGUUCCCUUAAGAAGGUCGCGUUGCUCAGUAGCGUUGGUGUCACAGCUGCCGUAGGCACCAAUGGCGAUUUUGAUAUGCUGGCAUCACUUGCCAGCACAGCGAACGUAAUCUUAGCAUGUGCUAACGCUGACUACCUUCAUGCAGCCAGAACAAUCUUCUUAGGACUGAAAAAGAGACACGAACAGAUCAUAUUAUACGAUCCUCAUUCUUUUCUACUCUGCUCUGGAACUGGUGCCGAUAGUAUUUAUUCAAACCUAUAUUUCCCAAUGAUGGAGUCGCUUCCCAAGACACAACCGCAUCGUGAAGCUGACCUUGAAGUCAUCGUUGCUGAUCAAGGAGGUUGUGGAUGUUUUCUUUGUCCACCUUUGUUACGUACGGACAUUUCGCCUUCGACGAUAUAUGACAUUGCGAACACACCAGUGGUCUCACUUGGUGUUCAGAAUCCGUACUCGAAGCAAAUUCCUCGUCUCAUCAUGCCAGCCUCGACAGAAAAUAGGGCCACAGAUUCAGCUCGUCUCCGGAAACUCAACCUAACAUCCACAUCGAUGAGAACCUCGCGUGGGCGAAAUCUCUGA